AUGGACUUUUUUGUGUUCAGGGCACAAGGAUUCAAGCAACUAUUCCACGAAUUCUACAUGCAAGAUAUCAUUGGUGUGGUUGUCGACACUGGAAAAAUUGUUACGUAUUCUACAUCUAAACUCAUCGAAAUUCGACUAUCAGAUUCUGACCAUAACAUGCUCUUUUGCACAUUGUGGGGAGAUGUUGAUUCCUAUCUUCAACAAUUGGAAAGAAUUAAGGGGAAAAUGCCCAUUAUUAUUGUCCAAUUUUGCAAGCCAACUUUGCUUCGCGGCACGAUUCGUGUGAGUACCCACUUUAAUACAUCUAGGGUUUACAUCAACCAAGAUAUUGAUGAGAUUUCCAAUUUCAAAGAGAGGAUUUCUGGUGACAUCGCUUUCUUGUCUCAAGAAUCAAUUUAUCGUUUUACUGAUACAAGGGUGUCUAAUGAAUUUGAUGGCUUGGUCGUAAAGACUCUUGCAGAUGUACAAGAAGAUGUGGUUGUGAAGAUUAAGAAUGAGUUCAACUGUGAGAAAUGUGAUAAUUCUGAUGGGAUUGCCAUUCCGAGGUUCCUGUUCAUCAUGAACGUUGUUGAUGGUAGUAGCAAUGCAUCAUUGCUAUUAUGGGAUCGAGAAUGUGUCCAACUAUUAGGGAAAAAAGUUGAUGAAAUUCAACUUGGCCAUGAGGAGUUUGCUGGAACGGACGUUGUUCUGCAUGGCUCUACCUCUAGUACCAACGACACUCAUACUAAAUUGAUUGCUAAAGAAUCAUUGAAAAGAAGUUUGGAUGUUGAAAUUUUAGGACAAACGAUUGUUGUUGGUGGUGAGCAGAAGAAAUUAAUGAUCAAGCAGGAGAAGAAUUAG